AUGAACCGGUCAAAUCUUGAAAAGCGAGCAGACGCAGUGAACACAAUCAUGAACACUCAGAUCGCACCAAGUAACCCUUUUGGUAGCAGUGACGGCGUCACUACAGCUUACAUGCCCAGCCCUCGCGACAUUCAUGGUUGGAAGUGGGUCAUCUCUUACGCUUCUAUGUUAUCCACGACACUGCUCUUCGCUCUUGACAACACCAUCGUGGCCAAUAUCCAACCAGCAAUCAUCAACGAUUUCGGCCACCCUGAGCUGUUAACAUGGAUUGGCACCGGCUUCGCACUCGGCACCAUGUUCAUUCUGCUUUGGGGGAAGGUCUACGGCGUCUUCAACAUCAAAUGGGGAUUCUACGUUAACCUUCCUAUUGGCGCUGUCUUUGCACCCGCCUACCUCCUAAUAUUUCCCAGUAUCGAUCCUUAUCCAUACAAGACGCUCGCAGAGAAGUUUCGACUCAUCGACUGGAUCAAUGCCGUUCUCUUUCUUGCUGGUUCCGCCUGCUUGACUGUUGUACUCACCUUUGGCGGGGUCAUCUACUCAUUCAAAUCCGGAACAGUGAUCGCGCUAUGGACUGCCACGGGUGUUCUACUGGUCGCCUUUAUCGUCAUGCUGAAGUUGCACCCGCUGAUCACCGGGGAGAAUCGCCUAUACCCUCUGCAUUUCUUCAAGCAGCCCACGUUGAUCAACAUGCAGCUCCAAGUUUUCCUAUCUUCGGGAGUCAUUCUGGCUAUGACUUACUACAUGCCCUUGUACUUCCAAUUUGUCAAGGGCGAUGGCGCACUUGAGGCUGGCAUUCGUUUACUGCCACUAAUCAUGUUCAUGGUCGUCGCCUCAAUGGUCAAUGGCUUCUUGAUGCCUAGAUAUGACACCGUGGAUGAAAACACGUCCAACGCCAACAUCUACGGCUACAACAUUCUUGUAGGAACUGGUGCAGGGUGUUACAUUGUUGCAGGUUUUGCCAUAAUGCAGUCUUUAAUCCACGCUCGUGACGUAGCCAACGUCAUCGGCGCUAUGACGAUAGCCCAAGAUCUCGGUAUGGUACUGUUUCUUGCCAUCAGUGGCAAUCUCUUCCAUAAUGUAGCCAUCGACAAGGUUAGUAGGGCUCUCCCAAAAGUCUCCUCUGCCGAGAUCGGGAACCUCAUCGCGGGAUCAAGCGGCGAGGCUUUCCAAGCACUAUCCGACGCGGAGAAAGCUUUGGUUAUUCCAGCGAUUGCCAGCGCCAUGACCAGCGUAUGGGCUUUCUUCCUCGCAGCUGCUGCGCUAAGCGUGGUCUGCUCUAUUCCUUUGCUGCAGAAAGCCAAGCUUGGUGGUAAGAAAGCCACGGCGGCGACUAUAGCGUAG